AUGCUUGAUGAUCUUAUACUAAUUAGCAGCAAUCUAAUGUCGAAAGUCAAAAUUUUGAAAGAAUUAAUGUCGACGAGCUGGUUUAUCAUUGCUCUCAUCCUGCUUUGCUUCAUUUUCGCAACCAAAGCACGCAGAAUUGACAAAUUUGAGCUUUACAAAUUUUACAAAGAUCGACAUAUGCACAACUCGCGAAUUAUCCAUGAAACAAAGGAAGAAGAGCUUUUGAUGAAGAAGCGGCAGAAUUGA